GUAGGUUAGGCACCUGUGCGUUCAAAAACUGAACAAUCAGUACGAAUAGUUUAACAGGUGGAAUAAGCCGCCUUUCAACGAACCCAAUUGAUAAACGAAACUAAGGAGGAGCCACGGCAUGCGACUUGCACAAUUCAAGGCAGCCGCUGUCUGCCUUUGCCUGGGCCUCAUCAUGGCGAUUGGCUCAGUGCAGGCACAGGAGAAUGCUCAACUACAGAUCCCACCCUCACUGAUCGAAUGCUACAAUACGUCGUAUUUUAUGAAUCGGGACAAUCGCCUGCCCUCCAACAUGGACACUUUGAUCUCGCUCAUUGAAAAGGUCGAGCAGAGCUAUGUGGCAACGGGUUACCAGGUGGACAUUCGUACCGUAGCUGUUGCUUUGCUGCAUCGUUUUCGACAGGAUGGCAUCAGACGUGCGCCUGGUGUUACUGCCGUCAGUGGAGUAAUUCCCUACAGUCCGACGGGCUUUCAGUUUCCAAAGCUGCGAAUUUUGUUGUCCAGCCUGUUGCCCGGCAACGCAAAUAACUUUCCAAACAGCUCGCUGACCAGCACGGAGCGCUGUUCCCUGCAUUUCAUGCUCUCCAGCACCUUUGAUACGAGGCAACGCGGCGACGAGAACACCGUGUGCGGACAGCUAUCUCAGUAUCGCGCUCAGCGUUUGCCGCGAGCUCUUAAAAAAGAUGCUGGCAGCAAUUUUCUGGGAGAUGCCGAAUGGCUAGAGAGCAAGCCAAAACGUGCGCGUUCUGGCUCCAACUAUGUACAGAUGGGUGAGCUAGACUACGAAACAGAUUGGGCCUAUGCCGGCACCGAGGGUCAAAGCCAGUGUCCAGUGGAAGAUGGAGUUGUGCGCACGCCCUGGGGCACCGUCUCUGCAGGCAGUCUAAUCGCAGGUGUCGCAACCGGACUGCAACAGCAAAACGUGCCGGUGAAUACUCUGCUGCAGCUGGCCGCCAGACGUGGUCGCACUCAAUCCCAAACUGGUACCUCCUAUGUGGACAAUCGCUGGGCAGCGACGCUUGCGGGUGAUUUGGCUGAGGUGACGCUCGUUCAGGUUCCCGUUUCCCAAAACAAUGCAGCUACAGUGGGAGCCACAGGGGGUUGGAAUGAUACAGUGCUGCCACACUGGUAUUUCUUGUCGCAGCGCAACAAUUUGGAGGCAACUGAUGCGGAGAUUCGCGGCGGUCUCGAUGGCCUGAUCUUAGCCAAGAACGUAAAUACUUGGCGCACUCAGGCAUCGAGCUUGAAGCUUUCGCAGCUACUGCGCAUGUACUAUUCCUCGAAUGGCGUGUUGAGCUCUGGCAUUCAGGCCUGCAGUCGCCAGCAGCAAUUCCCUAAUGUGGCGCCCACAACCGAGAUGCAGGCACAGACUAGCGCCUUUGCUCAGGUGCUAGAUAAGGGAAUGCAACUGCGUGUAACCAUUCAGCCUCCAGCGAUUGCGGAAUUCGCUCAAACAGCGGCCCUCUCGCUGGUCACCUAUGUGCCACAAUCUUUGAACGAUGUAUCCUGCACGGCCACCAACAGUCAGGAUCUGUCGGACAUUAUCACACCCAUGACCAAUUUGUUCAUAUUCUUGGACACUACCUGGCAGUACAGUGCCAUUGCGGAUUACGUAGCCUACGUGCUGCAGCAGAUGAACAUUCAUCCCUAUGCUAGUUCUGUGACCUUGCUCUCCGCAUUUGAUGGUUCGAUCAUAGUGAAUACCACGAACUAUGUGACUGAUGUUUACCAACAGUGGAAUGCCACUAUACAGUCGAAUUUGCAACAAGGCUUUAAUCUGCCAAAUGUUCUGCGCACGAUUCAGAACCUAACACAAACGCUUUUGAAUGGGGAGCAGACCAAUUCGAGCGUGGGAGGUCGUUCCUUGGUGGCUCUGGUAAUGCCGAAUCAAGCGAAUGUGAACGAUGGCGAUUCGAACUAUGCGACAACAGAGCUGCAGUACAUUUACGAGCAGAUACCCGAUCUGCGUUUUGUCUACUAUGGUGGUGGCAAUAUUCAACGCUUCUCCAACUUUGUGCGAGACCCGACGAAGGAUCUGUUCUCUCUGAUGACUGGCAGCACCGUGCCCACAUCGGCUGGACCCGUGGCCAGACGUAUAGUGAAGAUACCUCGUCGCAUCAUCAACCCGCGCUGCGGCUCAAUGUGGUAUACCACCACCUGGGGCACUGAUCAGAUGUACCAAUAUGUCAGUCCCGGUAAAGUUAACUUUUACCGCGUUUCACCCAAUUAUUUCUUUGGCGCUGGCACCAACCGUGUGGUGACCAUUCAGUCUCAGAAUGGAGGCGCUUUUACGGUCUGCUCGUCGCGCAGCUACGAAUGGCCGCAGCAAAACUCCACCAACUCCAACAGCAACGGUGUGGUACAGAACUGUGUGCAGAUCAGUGGCAACAGCUAUUCGUAUGAUUUGUCCAACGCCUGCAAUGGCUACUACACAAUCACACAGUGUCCACCUCUCUAUUUGUCUGUCCAACCGGGCUCAGUGAACACUACGUCCUGUACACAGGAUGCCUGCCAGACGCCUGACCAAUGGCGCUAUAUCGUCGCCUCGGUCAACAUGGGCUGCUACAGCGGCGUCUCCGGCCUGGCCGCGAGUCUUUUGACCAUUUUGUUGGCGCUGCUGUUGCAGCGUUCGCUGCAGUAGUGGGCGCUUACUCUUGCCCAAUUUACAAGUUCAAAUUACAACACAACACAUCUGUAUGUAUGGCCCCCCAUAACCCUCCCUUAUUAUUAUAAUUUUUUUAUUUAAGUUUUAAGUUCCAGUGAAAAAGUCGCAAAUAAAGUCCACCCACUAGAA